AUGCCAUCCCAAAAAGCCAUCAUCAUCACCUCCCCAAAACAAGAAGGUCUCGUCACCGACCGCCCCAUCCCUACCCUCCGCGACGACUACAUCCUCAUCAAGACCGUCGCCGUUGCGCUCAACCCCACAGACUGGAAGCACAUCGCGUACCUCGCGCCCCCGGGCGUGCUGGUGGGCUGCGACUACGCCGGGGUCGUGGAGGAGGUUGGACCGGCCGUCAAGAAGCAGUGGAAGAAAGGCGAUCGCGUCGCGGGGUUCGUGCAUGGGUGUAACGCCGUGCAGGCCGAGGACGGUGCGUUCGCGGAGUAUAUUGUUGCGAAGGGGGAUAUCCAGAUGCGCAUCCCUGAGAAUCUGGGCUUUGAGGAGGCGGCGACGCUGGGGGUGGGGAUUAUGACGGUGGGACAGGGGCUUUAUCAGAGUCUUGGGCUGGGGUUGCCUGGCCAGCGGAAGGAGAGUGAGACGUCCGAGCCGAUUCUGAUCUAUGGUGGUUCGACGGCGACGGGGACGCUGGCGAUUCAGUUUGCGAAACUCUCUGGGUACAGGGUUCUUACGACGUGUUCGCCGCAUAACUUUGAUCUUGUUAAGAAGCUUGGUGCGGACGAGGUCUACGACUACAGGGAUCCCGGCGCCGCGGCGAAGAUCCGCGAGGCGACGGGCGACAAGCUGCGUCUUGUUUUCGACACGAUCUCGCUUGAGCCCAGUGCCAAGUUCUGCGAGCAGGCGAUCUCGACCAGUGGCGGCGAGUACAGCGCGCUUCUUUCCGUCAAGGUCGACCGUGAGAAUGUGCGCUCGCGCUCUACGCUGGGCUACACUGUUGUCGGCGAGGAGUUUAUGUUUGGGCAGACGCCGUACCCGGCGAAGCCGGAGGAUAAGGAGUUUGCGGAGAAGUUUGCGGUUGUUGCGGAGGGGUUGCUGGGGUCUGGCAAGGUGAAGGUGCAUCCGCCUAAGGUUGGAGCUGACGGGCUUAAGGGGGUUAUUGGGGGGUUGAAGUUGCUCAAGGAGGAUAAGGUUAGUGGGGAGAAGUUGGUUUAUCGGGUUGGGGAGACUCCUUAG